CCCAUCGACCAUCACACUCCCAUCGACACACUGAGGCUCCUAUCUAAUCCUGUCUUCUUCACAAUGGCCAACGCCAAGCAAGUCCUCGCCGGAAUCUCAACUUCCGGCAGGAGAAACCGGAAGCUCCUCCUCUCCAUCUCCGGUUGCCUCCUCCUCGUCGCCGCCGUGAUCGGCAUUGUCGCCGGCGUCAACUCUCGCCACCACGACCGGGGCUCCGACGUUACCACCCUCACCCCAUCGACCCACGCCAUCCUCAAGUCCUCGUGCGGCUCCACGCGCUACCCGGACCUCUGCUACUCCGCGGUCGCCGCCGCCCCCGGCGCUGCGGCGGGCCUCGCCACCCAGAAGGACGUCAUCGAGGCGUCGCUCAACAUCACCACCCUCGCCGUGGAGCACAAUUUCUUCGCCGUCGAGAAGCUCCUGGGCAAGAGAGGCAAGAGCCUGACGAAGAGGGAGAAGAGGGCGCUCCACGACUGCCUCGAGACCAUCGACGUGACGCUGGACGAGCUCCGGGAGGCUGCGCGAGACCUGAGCUCGUACCCGAGCGCAGCGAAGUCGCUGACGCAGCACGCCGACGACCUGAAGACGCUGAUAAGCGCGGCGAUGACGAACCAGGAGACUUGCCUGGACGGGUUCUCGCACGAGGACGCCGACCGGCGCGUACGGAAGGCGCUGGCUGAGGGGCAGGUCCACGUGGAGAAAAUGUGCAGCAACGCGCUUGCGAUGAUCAAGAACAUGACCGACGCCGACAUGGCGGCGGAGCGCAAGGCCGCGGCAAACCGGAAGAUGCUUAAGGAAGAGGAUCGGGUUCAGGGUGACGAGAGCGCGUGGCCGGAGUGGCUGUCGGCGGGGGACAGGAAGCUGCUGCAGUCGACGGUGGUGACUCCGGACGCGGUGGUGGCGGCGGAUGGGAGCGGGAACUACGAGACGAUUUCGGCGGCGGUCGCGGCGGCGCCGGAGAAGAGCAGCAAGCGGUACGUAAUAAGGAUAAAGGCGGGGGUGUACAGAGAGAACGUGGUGGUGUCGAAGAAGAAGACCAACCUGAUGUUUGUCGGCGACGGGCAGACCAGCACCAUCGUCACCGGUAGCCGGAGCGUGAAAGGCGGUUACACCACCUUCGAGUCGGCCACCGUCGCGGUGGUCGGCGCGGGUUUCUUGGCCAGAGAUAUUACCUUUCAGAACACCGCCGGCGCUUCGAACCACCAGGCUGUCGCGCUCCGCGUCGGCGCCGAUCUCUCCGCCUUUUACCAAUGCGACAUUCUAGCCUACCAGGACACGCUCUAUGUCCACUCCAACCGCCAAUUCUAUGUCAAGUGCUUCAUUGCCGGCACAGUGGACUUCAUUUUUGGUAAUGCGGCUGCCGUCCUCCAGGACUGUGACAUCCACGCUCGCAAACCGAACUCUGGCCAAAAGAACAUGGUUACUGCUCAAGGCCGAAUUGAUCCGAACCAAAACACGGGAAUCGUGAUUCAAAAAUGCAGGAUUGCCGCGACGAGCGAUCUCCAAUCGGUGAAGAGCAGUUUCCCGACGUACCUCGGUCGUCCAUGGAAGGAAUACUCAAGGACGGUGAUUAUGCAGUCGUCCAUCUCGGACGUGAUCGACCCGGUGGGCUGGCACGAGUGGAGCGGGACAUUCGCCCUAAGCACAUUGUACUACGGAGAGUACCAGAACACCGGUGCAGGCGCCGGGACCUCGUCUAGAGUGAAGUGGAAUGGAUUUAAGGUGAUAUCGUCAGCGACGGAGGCGCAAGGAUUCACCGCCGGGACGUUCAUCACCGGAAGCAGUUGGUUGAGCUCCACUGGGUUCCCAUUUUCACUCAGCCUGUGAGCAAGAUGAAUUGGUGUGCACAGUGACUGCUGAUCUUUCAAAUAUUCAUUAGGUUACUGUUCAACGCCUAAGAGGAGCCAAAGUAUUGUCAGUAAUAGAGAUCUUUUUUAGAGAAAUGAAAUCUGGGCAUUGGACUGACCGUGGAAAUUACCAUCGGGAUAUCUAGUGCAAAUCAUGAGAAGAGAAGACUUGUGCGUUUGGUGUCGUUCUUGAGUAGUCAAAAUAAAUCGAUUGUGUUCUAUGAAA